CAAUGAUGCAAAGGCUACCCCUCCGGAUCCCGAAAGCUUGAGUGAAGUUUCCAGUGAUCAGCCAAUGAAGGAGUGGACCUCUUUCAGGAGACUACUAAUGCAGAGGUUUCCUGUCUCGAAAAUGGUUUCACUUUCUUCAAUGCCUGAUGUUUUAAUGAGAAGUGGAAAAUCACACGACAAAUCUUCAACAAGUAUACACUUGGAGGAACUAGAUGAUCCGCAGACUACAUGAGCUCAAAGAUGAAAUUACCCGUUAUUGGCUUGGUGAUGACCGCGUGACAUCCUUAAAGUUAUCUAUAAAGGAAAUAUUUUCGACAUAUCCUGUACUUUCAACUCCAGAUCUUACUCCACAACAAUCAGCUGGAGUAUGCAAUGUACUUGUCGUACUUCAGGUGAGAUGAAUUUGUCCUAAUAGAUUUUCUAUCUUGUUAAAAGUGUCCAUACACAAAUAUUAUAAGUGUCCACACACAAAAUAUAUAUAUAUGAAAAAUAUAAAAAUUAACACCUCUAAAAUUUCUUUCUACUGUUUUUUGUUAAAGUGUGUGGCAUCCCACCCUGAUACAAAGAUAUCAUUUCUGAAAGGUUAACGUUGUUGUGGAUGGUGGAAAUGCUGAUUUCUUUGACCCACUGAGAGGAGGAAUUGACAAUGAUGCAAAGGCUACCCCUCGGGAUCCCGAAAGCUUGAGUGAAGUUUCCAGUGAUCAGCCAAUGAAGGAGUGGACCUCUUUCAGGAGACUACUAAUGCAGAGGUUUCCUGUCUCGAAAAUGGUUUCACUUUCUUCAAUGCCUGAUGUUUUAAUGAGAAGUGGAAAAUCACACGACAAAUCUUCAACAAGUAUGCACUUGGAGGAACUAGAUGAUCCCCAGAAGUUUGCAGACGAGGGUGUGAAGGUGAUUACUUGGCAGGAGUAUGUUUCUCGACUACAUGAGCUCAAAGAUGAAAUUACCCGUUCUUGGCUUGGUGAUGACCGCGUGACAUCCUUAAAGUUAUCUAUAAAGGUUACUAAGCUUAUGGUGGACACGUCAGUAUCCGAGUUUUAUCCCACUCUAUUUGUCCUUGUCACAGAUAUCAUGGACAUGCUUGGGGACCUGGUUUGGAAACGCAUAAAGCAGAAAGCAGAGUUUACUGAAAAUGGAGCUUCACUCUGCAACUUGGCAGAAAACUUUGAAGCAAGUGAUAUCUGUGCCGAUGCGAAAGAAACUUGCUAUAAUUGGUUCAGCAAAAUUGGUGCUGUGCAAGAUCUUCUUCCACGCAUUUACUUGGAGCUGGCAAUAUUGCCUUGCUGGCGUUUUCUGCUCGACCGGCCUACCGACAGUCUCCAACGCUUGGUGAUGAUGACAAGAGGAUUAGGAGAUCCAGUGGCAUCGGCAUAUUGCCGUCUAUAUAUGGCUCACUGUGCUCAGAAGCUUCCAUCACAUGACAUAGGCUAUCUUGUUACAUGUGUGAAUGAUCUCAGAGUUAUUGUGACACAAAUCUUAGCUGCCAAUGAAAGUACUGUUGGAAAUUUCAAAAAUAACAAAAAAAUGCAAAUCAGUCUGAUGGAACCAACCAUUGAGUAUAUUAUGAAGUGUCUAUUUAGUGGGUUAUCUCAGAGACGUGUAAAUGAAGUUUUAUCAGAGCUUGGAUUGAUGAAGAAUCAACAAAACUUAGGGACUGUUUCAUGUGUUUCGAUCGUUCUUCAUCAUUUACUGAAGGAAAUCCCUAUUGAAGUAAUCAGUUCAAAUGUUGUGCAUAUCCUUCAUCUCAUAGAGUUUAACAAGGAUAAUUCCUUUGAUCAGCACCUUAAUUACAGAUUGCUUGGGUUCAGGCUGUAUGAAAGGAAAUGCCCGGUUGACAUUGUCAAUGCUGUGUUAGAUAAAGUUAUGCAGGUUAUUUCCCUGUACAUGAAUCUUGAUGAGUUCCUGAGUGUUGUAGAUGCUUAUGCUGAUCUUAUACUUCAAAAUCACAUGGAUAAUCAUUUGGACAUCAUUUUGAGAGGCAUUUCAGAGCGUGCUUCGAAUGGAGGAGUUACAGUAAAUGAAAUGUCAAGCUUGCAAUCUCUCUUGGUGAAGAUUCUGUCUCAUUUUGAGUGUCUGGAAGAUGUGUUUUGUCUGAAUCAUUUUCCUGAAAUCUUAGAUGUAAUGCAUGGGAAAUCACAGGAUGUUGUCUUUUUGCACAUCCUUAAUAUGGCGACGAGGAAUGGUCCUAUUAGGGAUCCUACAAGCAUACAGUUGCUUUCUGAAAUUUCUCAGACUCUACAUGAUAAUAUGGAAUUUAUGAAUGUAAAGGAUGAUGAUAGCCAAGUGGCACGUUCGGUAUCUCGCUUUGUGCACAUGGUAGAUUAUGGAACAGAGAUGGAACGCCAUUUAGCAUUUCUGGUUGAUUGUCGAGCAACUUUUGGCAGAUUCAAUGAGCUUAAGGAAACUCUUGUCCACUCCAGCAAUUCUUUAGCAAUUCAAUCUUUGAAAUGUGCUAAGAAAGAUCUGAGUUUUUUCAAGUCCUGUGUCACAUUUAGCGAAGUCACAAUACCUUCUAUCUCUGGUCAGAGACAAUUUGAUCUUUUCCUAGAGACUGCAGAGGUUGCAUUCUUAGGGGGCUUGGUUUCUCAUGUAGAUGGCUUGAUUAGUUCAGGAAUUGACUGUUUGCAUGACAGAGUUGAUGGCUUUCGAACUCCAGCUGAUGUUGAAGGACUAGUUUCGUCUAUUAGAAAACUGUGUGGCUUCUUAAUUAUGGUCCCAGGUAAUAUUAGUCUACCAGUCACCUAUUUCCCAAAUAACUUAAUUACAUUGAUCAGCUCCCAAUCAUGGUUUGACCCAAAAAUGAGAACACAGAUUUUUUCUGCUAUCCUAUUAUUAUUGACAACUUUGUCACAAAAGAUUCUGCCAUAUCAUGCAAAUGCACAGAUACCAGGCAAUGACAUGUUAUACUAUGGGGAUUCAUCAUACAAGAAAGAACUUGUUUCUUUGUCUAAAGUUGUUCUUGACAACCUACUUUGUGCCAUCCAACAAGAAACUUCCCAGGUUGCUCGAGGAAGUAUGGCACUUGAAGCUUGCAAUUGCGUUGCAUCAUCUUUCCUGCUAAGCAAUGAAUUAUCCUCUAUUUGCCAUACAUUGAUCGGAACUGCCAAGUCAUGUUUGAGUGCCCAAGACCGAUGCCUCCAGUCAACUAUUCAACUCGUAAACAAGCAAUUGCCAACUUUUGCAGGGGUCGAGGUGUCUAAUUCUGUAUGAUUUUUAUUUGUCUGGUCACUACAUUGUAUGGAACUAAUUAGUUUGAGUCUUGUCUUUCCCUCUUUAUUUAUUAAGGGGAGGGUUCAUUAGUUUCAUGUUUACUAUUUACCAAAACUUCAUCAUUGUCGUUAGUUUGGGUUUUGACUCGUUAUUGUUCACGAAUUCUAGAGACUAAUAAAUCUAUGACAGCCUGACAGGUAACAUGUCAGACCUAGGGUUUAAUUACUUUGAUAAUUUAAACAGGUCAUACUUUGCAAAGUCUAACUUGUCUUAGUCUAUUCUCGCCCUUAGAGCUGCCCUUGGAUUUG